CGGUGGUGGCCGCUCGCCGGCCCGUAUUAUGGUGGACGUGUUGGUCGGGCGGCGCCUGGUGACCCGCGAGGGCGCCACGGUGGAGGCCGAGGUGGCGCUGCAGAACAAGGUGGUGGCUUUGUACUUCGCAGCGGGCCGGUGCGCACCUAGCCGCGACUUCACCCCGCUGCUCCGCGAGUUUUACACGGCCCUGGUGGGCGAGGCGCGGCAGCCAGCGCCCUUCGAGGUGGUUUUCGUGUCGGUGGACGGCAGCGCGCAGGAGAUGCUGGACUUCAUGCGCGAGCUGCACGGCGCCUGGCUGGCCCUGCCCUUCCACGACCCUUACCGGCAUGAAUUGAAGAAAAGAUACAGCGUCACGGCCACCCCCAAGCUUGUGAUUGUGAAGCAAAGCGGGGAAGUCAUCACCAACAAGGGGCGGAAGCAGAUUCGUGAGCGCGGUCUGGCCUGCUUCCAGAACUGGGUGGAGGCGGCUGACGACGUCUUCCAGAAUUUCUCAGGUUGAAUGGGGAGACCUGGGAAGACAGCGCCCGCGCCCAGGGAGGGGAGGCCUUGAGCCUUCGUUUCUCUUGGUUGCAUUUUAUUUCAGGGCGGAAGUAGUAAAAGGUGGCAGAAAGCAAAUAUUAUUCAGGAAAAGAUGCCUUUCCUGUUUUGACCUCGUAGCUCAUUUAUAGAUAUUUUUAUUUUUGCAUCUUUUCAUUCAUCUUGACCCUCGCGUGUCUCUGCUGAGCUAUGGGGAAAUCUAUGCAAAUCACUUAUCUGUACAUGUCGCUCAGGUAAAAUGAUCUGUUUAUUGAUAAAUGUUCGUGAUCGAUAUCAUUUUAUUGAUGUGCAUUCACAACUACAUUUGUUAAACGAGUUUGUAAACUGUGUACUUUAAUAAAUGAAGAUUUAUACCUUGA